AUGGUCGUCCAGUCAAAUAUUAGCACUUUUUUUCUAUCGCUGCUGUUAUUUUCCUUUAGGAAAGUAGCACUACGUCUGAGCCAGUUUUUGGAUAAGCUCAUCACUUUACCUUCUAUACGGUCACAGGAAUCGUUCAUGAAGCUGCGUGUUCUGUUGGCACAGGGAGAAUCACAUGAGGAAUUCAAGGCAUCCAUGCAUGAACUGGACGUUUCGUUGAAGUGCAAUGCGAUCUGGGAAAACGAUUCCGUCGCGUAUCGAUGCAAUACCUGCGCCCUAACACCUUGUAUGUCGCUUUGCGCCUCGUGCUUUCAAGCUGCAAACCACGAAGGUCAUGAUUUCACUAGAUUCUUCUCACGUGAAGGUGGAGCUUGUGACUGCGGAAACGCUGACGUGAUCAGGCCUAUGGGCUUUUGUCCUCGUCAUGGUGAAAACGCAGUUCGUCCGCCAUCUCCCUCUCCACUGAUUGUGUCUCUUCCUCGUCACAUAUUUCUGAAAUUGGUCGUAUGUCUAUUCUUGGAAUGGAGAGGAUAUGCUGGAAUUGCAACCCAUGGACAAUUUUUGUUUAUUCCAAAAAACUUUGUUUUUGACCUGAUGUUAACUUGUCGGAGAAAACAUACAAUUACUAUUUCCUUUGAGGAAUGUGUCAACUAUGGUGGCCCGAUGAGACAAGCCAUGGCCGAGAUUUUGUUGGACAAAGAUCUUUACUUGGCUCUUACGGAAAGGAAUUCGGACGAUCUCGACUUGUCAUCCACGUCGGAGAUGUCGUUGGAUUGGAAGACGAGGAAAAAAUUUUAUGACGACCGGAUGACCAUUUUUUCUGAAAGGCUUCUAUGCGAGUGCUUGCUUGAUGAGCUUUUAUUCUGGGUGACUCGAAUGAAUUUUCCACAAAACCUUAUAAAUUUCUCCCUUAGCAUGCUAUCCGAACCGAAUUAUACGGACGCUCUUUCAACUCGUUUUUUCACAUGGUAUCCUUUGGUAGCGAAUUGUGUGCGGAAACUCUGUUUGUAUCAGCAGCUUCGUCAAAGAAAUUCUGACGUUAUCCAAAGUACUUGCAGCCGACUGAUUCAUAUUUCCGUUCAGAUGUUGUCGUCAGAGGUACUCUGUAGGAGGCUGAACAGUAAGUGCGAUCUAGUGAACAUUGUUCUUAAUACGACUAUGAACCAGCAUGGGUAUUGGUUUGUUAUGGGAGACCUGCAGAAUCUACUAGCUCAUUCAUCGGUAGCUAUUGACACAGUUCUCCAUCCGACUGCUUUUUCGUGCACUUAUGUUAAUCUUUUGAACAGAAUGCAAGGAAUGAAUGUUAACUGGCGUAUUAUUCGUGGUGAACAUAGAGAAAAUGACAACGCCGAUCUUGUGCAAAGGUCUUUCACACUGGAGUUCGAAGCACUUGCUCUUACCAUGUUCAAUUUUGUUAAUGCGAUAUCGCAACAACAACAUUACGUUGCUGCUGUCGCAUUUUUUGACAAAAUAUUUGCUGCAUUAUCGGUAUUUAUUUUGCCACUUCUAGAGCAUCUUUCAACAGCACUAACACAUUUCAACGACAUGGAACUUUUUCGAAAUCACGUUGAAGAUUUUCGCAAGGACGAGCAAUUUCUUCGUCGAAUUCUGCUGCAUCCUCUUAAGAUUCAGGUUGCACGUGCUGAAUACCAUGCUGGAAUGUGGGUUCGUAAUGGAAAUCAGUUGCGCGUGCAAGCAAUUAUUUACGCAAAAUUUUUCAAUCCGUUAUAUAAUAUUAAACAUGAAACGUGCAAAAAUUCUAGGCUAAUGAGCGAAAUUGUUGUUCUUCUCACAAACUGCGGUGCAUCGACUGAAGCAGCUCUUCGCUCAGAGAUGGUAAAUGCCUUGGCAAGCGGUCCGUUCACCUAUUCAAGACUUCGAUCUAUCAUUGCUGAAAAGGGGAGCAGGGGCGCCGAAAUUGUGGAUCCACUCUUUGACACAGUGUUGAAUAGUGUAAGUCCUUAUAUCGACAUAUUUUCAUUGUAUCUUUUUUGUUGUUUUAUUUGGCAAAUGAAUAGAAGUUAUAGAUCGCAGAUUUUUCUGAACCAGGAUAGAGUUGUUUUUGUCAGGAUAUCAAACAGUUUUUUUAGAGAAAGAGAAAUGCUGGGUAAUGAGGAAAAAAUUCUGCAGAUGUGGAUCCCAUACCAGUUAUCUGAUUUUUCUGACUCUACUCGGCAUGAGUCACUUCGAAACAUUGCUAGGAUUCUACUUUGUGAACGAUUUGUGCAACUUUGUAUCGUCGUGCUCGAGGCGGUAAUAAAUUUAUUAUUUAAAACAGUUAGCGGCUUUCCCAACGUCUUGUUCUUAUGCUCUGAUGAGCAUAGUGUGAUACGUUCCAGGAAAGUCGUGCAACUACCGCUUCUGAUAUUUGUUUUGUUUUUGAUCGAAUGUGAAAAACGUGGCACCAAGGACAAAAUUUUGAAGAAGACUAUUGCUGGAGAUUUUGAUAAAAAACGAAUAGUUGGCGGAGCAGCUGAAUAUUUCGCCAGGCUUGUUACAUAUAUUAGCAAAUGGUGGGUAUUUUGCCUUAGAAUCUUUUUUUUCUUUGAACUAUCACAAAACCCUCGACAUAUUCUCGACCAUCUUAUCGGUUGCAAUCCGGAUAUUCUUGAAAAUAUUUUCAAAUCCCAGCUUUAG